UCCGCAAAUUGAGAAUUAUAAGACGCGUCGCGACGCACGGAAUCUGGUCCAGGUCGGCGGGAACGGUGACGGUGAUUUAAUGGGGUUUCGGUUGUUUGCUGGCGACGCGGCGUACUUCUUCUAUCUGUGAUAAUAACAAUAUGGAACUUUGCCACUGACUCUUUGUGAUAAUUUAGUUUUACUGUUUAGAGCCUCUAAGCUGGAAACUGGACUGAGGUGGGACAGUGUCGGCGGCCUAACAUGUCCAUCCUGGACCAAGCGAGGACGCUGCCGCACAUGCAAGCAAUGCCGCCCGGUUCACAGCCGCUGAUGCCGCCCCACACGAUGGACGGUGCGCCCAAUUCCGAGGUGCUGUUGGCGCUGUUGGCCAGGAACAAGGCUCUCGAAGCGACUAUCCCAAAAUGCGGCGGCUGCCACGAACUGAUACUGGACAGGUUCAUCCUGAAGGUGGCCGACAGGACGUGGCACGCCAAGUGCCUCCAGUGCAGCGACUGCAGGAUCCAACUGACCGACAAGUGUUUCGCCAGGAACGGGCAGCUCUUCUGCAAGGACGACUUUUUCAAUGGGUGCAGACGGUUCGGCACGAAGUGCGCCGGAUGCGAGCUCGGCAUCCCGCCGACGCAGGUGGUGCGACGCGCCCAGGACAACGUCUACCAUUUGCAGUGUUUCGCCUGCGUGAUGUGCGCCCGCCAGCUCAACACCGGCGACGAGUUCUAUCUGAUGGAGGACCGCAAGCUGGUCUGCAAGCCGGACUACGAAGCCGCCAAAUCGAAAGCUGCUGAAUGCUUGGAUGGGGAUCAACCUAACAAACGGCCACGUACGACAAUAACGGCAAAGCAACUUGAAACCCUAAAAACAGCCUACAACAACAGUCCAAAGCCUGCCCGCCAUGUCCGGGAACAACUUAGCCAAGACACGGGGUUGGACAUGAGGGUUGUGCAAGUGUGGUUCCAAAAUAGGAGAGCAAAAGAAAAAAGACUUAAAAAGGACGCAGGACGCACGAGAUGGAGCCAAUACUUCAGGUCCAUGAAAGGUGGCUCAUCACCAAGGCACGACAAACUCUUGGACAAAGACGAGAUGAAGGUGGACUUGGAUAGUUUUAGCCAUCACGUUGUUUCAGACCUGAGUGAUGACAGUUACGGAACAGUUGUUAAUAUGAGCAUGGACCAAGAUGGCUCAUCGCCGCACAGUGGCAUAGGACGACCCUCCUUCCUCCACGGAACAAACUCACCCUCCUACCUUCCCGGGCACACGCCUCCGCAUGGGCACGAACACUAUCCAUAUCCUGAACAGCUCUCCGUUUACGCCAGCAUAGGACAAGGCGGCCACCAUCCGGGUCUCUCCAUCCCCCACAACAUGCCUCCAGGUGCUGACACCGACAUCAGUAACGACAGCAGCGCAAGGGGAUAUCCGGACUUCCCGCCGAGCCCCGACUCUUGGUUGGGGGAGCCUUCGAGCGCACAUUACUGACCCCCCAAACGACCAAGUCCAGAAAUCGUGAGGAGUGUGUUGAUGUCUCACCCAUAUGUAUACCAUGGCGACCUCUGUGAUCCGGCACCGAAUCCGGCGCGCAAUUAUUUUUCACUGCGGUCAAUUUGGAACGGACAGCCUGUACAAAAAAGUCCACCGUGUGUGACUUUGAUUAAUUUAUAUGAUCUUGUCUGUAUCUAUCUCAAAACGUUUCGCUGUGUACAGUUCUUAUUGUUCUAGUCAUGAAAAAAAUUUAAGAGAAAUGAUAUUGAAUAUGAAUAGGUGUCUGUUUUAACAUUCUAGUCGUACUUGUUUUAAUUUCUAUUUAUUUAUUAUUGUUUAAAAUAUAUUAUUUAA